CCUCUGUCCCAUUCUGAAGUUCAUUUCAUCUCCCAGAAGCCCAUUUGAUCUCCCAGAAGUCCAUUUCAUCUCCCAGAAAUCUGUUUCAUCUCCCAGAAAAUCCAUUCCCCUAGAGACUCCAUAUAGCCGGCCAGAGACCCUACCUACCCACUCCCAUUGCUUCUCUGAAUGGCCGAUGGAAUUCCACGAUCGCCCCCAGGCCACCGGGAGCCAUAUGCUCAUACCAACGCCCCAGGAGUUUGCCGCAUGCAACGCGCAGGCACUCAGUGACCGCAAACACAAGUUCCGCCAGAAACUCAUCGUGGCGCUUGAUAUAUUGAUUUUGCUGCUGUUCAUCUGUGUCUACCUAGCGGAUUUGUCGGCUCUCAAGCUUCUCAUCAAGGUGGGGCUCCAGUUUACGCUCGCUGACCCGUUCCCCACGACGGCUAUUCAAAACAUCUCCAAGGCCCGCCGCAACCGCAUUGUGCAGUUUCUCAUGUGGUUCACCAUCUACGCCAAUCUUGGACUGAUUGCUCUCCAUCUCUGGCACGGAAACCGGGCCCUACAGCAGUACCUAGGUCCGAACGAGGACUAUGUCUAUGGCGGCUUCUUUAUCCAGGUGAUAGGAGAAAGGGUGUAUCGCUCGCUGUGGAUGUUGGCCCGGGUUCUUCUCUGGGAUAUCUUGGCCUUUGCCGCACAGCUCGUGUUGUUUAGCAUCACGUGUGUGAGCGAGUGUGUCUUGUUGCCGCAGUCGGAGGCCGGGGAAGAUGGCUAUUCCGGGAGAGUGUUGAUUUACGAAAUCAACAUCUGGGAGAAUCUCUCCGCCGCGUUUAACUACGACGUGGCAGACAGAGAGUCGAACAUACCGGAAAGCUUGUUCGUAUAAAUACCAUUUGGGGCUCUCUUCGUGUUAAGAAUCGCUCUAAGACUGUAAUAUUCCACCAUCUGUGUGGUCACAGCGUCUCGUUUAACCUACAACGAUUUUUGCUAGCUCAGAUUGAGUAAGAUUCGUGGGUCGGAGUAUACUAAACAGAUCGUUCCGAUAAAAUCAAUCACUGAACUGGCAUAUCAGUGCUGAAUUAUUCGAGCUGUUUUAUAAUAUAGACAUGCUCUUGCCCGCCUAAGCGUUUCUCACGGCAUAGUCCCACAGAGUAAUCCUGGUAUAUCAGCCCAGAGAUAUUUUACAAGUAUCGCUCGUAGUAUGGACCUCC